AUGGAGUCCCAUGAAAUGACGGCCUAUAAGGGCGCCGACGCGUCUGUUGAUCGGGCAUUGCCUGAAAACCACGCCGGUUCGAAUGGCAAUGGCGUUUCAGCUUCGAAUGCACCAACUGAUCAACCAAGUGUGAAGCGCUUGUUCAACUUUACUCAGAUCUUCUUCUUCUCCUUGACAUACAUGUCCAGCUGGGAGACACAAGCACUGAAUCUGAGUGCGGUCCUGACAAACGGCGGACCACAAGCUUUAGCAUGGGGGAUCCUCAUCGUCGUGUGCGGCGCAAUGGCGCAGUCGGCGUCACUGGCGGAAAUGGCGUCAAUGCAGCCUAUUGCGGGUGCGCAGUAUCACUGGACAAAUUACCUGGCACCUCCAAGUCAGAAGAAAUUUAUCACAUGGAUGCAAGGCUGGGUAACGUGGUUCGCAUGGAUAUCAACACUCGCCGGCGUCGCCAACACCACCGCCACGAUGAUCCAAGGCCUAGCUAGCGCCCAUUACCUAGAGUACGAGCCAAAGGCAUGGCACUUGACUCUAAUCAUAUUCGCAAUGCUUAUUGUGCAGGCUCUGAUGAACAUGUACGCAUUCCCACUGAUUCCAUGGAUCGAACUAUGCGCCGGUAUUCUUCACGUCAGUCUUUUCGUGAUAUUCCUCGUCGUCUUCGUGGCACUGGCACCUCGACACUCAGCCGAAUUCGUCUUCCUGAAAACACAAUCCUGGAGCGGGUGGAACUCGGACUUUGCAUCGUGGAAUAUCGGGCUUCUCACGCCUGUUUGGGGGUUUGUCGGCUUCGACGGCGCAGUCCACAUGAGCGAAGAAACUCGACAAGCCCGCCAAGCCGUCCCACGCUCAAUCUUCUACACAGUCGUAACAAACGGCGUCCUCGCCUACGGCAUGGUAAUCUGCAUCCUAUUCACAAUGGGCUCGGUAGAAGAAGCCCAAUCCCAAAGUUUCCCAAUCAUCCACAUUUGCCAACAAGCCACCGGAUCUCUAAAAGCCGCCACAGCCAUGGUCUGCGGUCUGCUCGUUAUCUCGCUGUCGGUUAACCUAGCCAGUAUUGCAUCCGCCUCUCGGCUAACGUGGGCCUGGGCUCGGGAUGGCGCCUUGCCGCGCUGGUUCGCCCAUAUCGACCGUCGACACAACGUCCCCGUCCGCGCCGUCUGGCUACCGGUCGUCAUAGUAAUGUGUCUAGCCUGUCUAAACAUCGCCGACACAGCAGCCUUCCAAGCCUUCGUAGCGCUAGGCUCAAUCGGUCUAUUCGUCUCAUACUUCAUCGCAAUCGCAUGCAUGGUACACAAUCGGUUCCAGGCACAGAAUCGCGCACCAUUGGGCGAGUGGAAUAUGGGAAUCUGGGGUCUGCCGGUGAAUGUUUUUGCCCUGGUUUAUACUGCUUGGGUUACUGUUUGGCUGGCGUUUCCGGCGUAUUUACCUGUUACUGGGGAGAAUAUGAAUUAUGCUUCGCCGAUUUUUGGGGCCACGACGCUUUUUGCGUUGGGGUAUUGGUUUGUUAAGGGGAGGAGGCACUGGGAUGGGUUGAAUAAGGAAAUUGUUAGGUUGGUUGUUGAGAAGGGGGAGCUGCAGCUUAAAUGA